UCUCUUCACUUGAAGGAUAUUUUCCAGAAGAGAUAUUAUUACAGAAGAUGAAAAGAAAGAAACCAGAACAAUCAGAAGACGAUUCUUGUGAAGAAAAGAAAGCAGAAUAUGGUCCAGAGGAGGAAGUUCCAUCAGAUAUGAAGGAGGUUGAUGAACAUGAUACCAGUGAAGAUGAAGAUAAUGAGGAGGAGGAGGAGGAAGAGCAAGAGGAGCCUUCAAAGCUACUCGUCACUCAUGGCUUUCAUUUGGUUAAAGGGAAAAUGGGUCAUGGAAUGGAAGACUAUAUUGUGGCAGAAACUAGGGAAGUCAAUGGCCAUGAGCUUGGACUAUAUGCAAUUUUCGAUGGUCACUCAGGACGCUAUGUUGCAGAAUACUUACAAUCUCAUCUCUUUGAUAACAUAUUAAGUCAGCCUGAUUUCUGGACAAGUCCUAAGAAGGCUAUCAAGAGAGCAUACAAAGCCACAGAUGAUGAGAUUCUGAAUAAAGUAGUGGAAUCACGAGGUGGGUCGACUGCAGUUACAGCAAUACUAAUUGACAGAGAGAAGCUAAUCGUGGCGAAUGUGGGAGAUUCUCGAGCAAUCUUAUGCAGAAAUGGUACCACAAAACCCAUAACAGUGGAUCAUGAGCCCCAGAAAGAGAAAAAACUUGUUGAGAGCAGAGGUGGAUUUGUGUCUAAAAGGCCAGGGAGUGUUCCACGUGUGGACGGGCAGUUGGCAAUGACAAGAGCUUUCGGAGAUGGGAAACUGAAGGAUCACAUUACUUCAGAACCAGAUGUGAGGACGGAGAUGAUAGACAGGGAUACUGAAUUCCUCAUUUUGGCUAGUGAUGGCCUGUGGAAGGUGAUGUCGAACCAAGAGGCUUCGGAUUNAAUGAUUUGGUGGCAGAAUAUCAGCAGUAUCAGGAUGCAACUGUUGACAACGAGGAAUAUGACGAGGAAGAAGAGGAAAUUGCAGGUUGAGGUGUCAUGUUAUUUGCCGUAUGUUCAGUUUGUCAGAAAUCUGUAUCUUGCUGGCUCUCUUUCA